CUAUUUUAAGCUUUUUAAAGUAACCAACAAAUAAACACGUGUGGCUGCUAGUUUAGAUCUAGAGAUUCUAUACAAGAGAUUUAGAUUCUAAGAUCAACAUUUUAAACUAGACUCUUAGAUCUAGAUAGACUCGAAAUAGUGAUGUCUCCGCCAGGAUUUACACCAAGAGGAAGAGGAGGUGGUCGAGGAGGAUUUGGUGACAGGGGUGGAAGAGGAGGUGGCCGUGGAGGCUUUGGUGACAGGGGUGGAAGAGGAGGUGGCCGUGGAGGUUUUGGAGGUAGAGGUGGAGGUUUUGGAGGUAGAGGUGGUGAUAGAGGUGGUGGUCGUGGCAGAGGAGGUCGUGGUGGCCGUGGAGGUCGUGGUGGAAUGAAAGGUGGUUCAAAUGUAGCAGUGGAGCCUCAUCGUUAUGAAGGUGUUUUCAUUGGUAGAGGCGGCAAAGAAGAUGUAUUACUAACCAAAAAUUUUGCAGUUGGUGAUUCAGUUUAUGGAGAAAAAAGAAUUUCUGUUGAGGAAGGAGAAACUAAAAUUGAAUACAGAGCCUGGAAUCCAUUUAGGUCAAAGUUAGCAGCUUCCAUUGUAGGUGGUAUUGGUAACAUACAUAUCAAGCCAGGAUCUAAAGUUCUUUACCUAGGGGCUGCCUCAGGAACAACUGUCAGUCAUGUUUCAGAUAUAGUUGGUCCAGAAGGUUUAGUUUAUGCAGUGGAGUUUUCACACAGAAGUGGCAGAGAUUUGUUAAAUGUUGCCAAAAAGAGGAUUAAUAUUAUACCAAUCAUAGAAGAUGCAAGGCAUCCACACAAGUACAGAAUGUUAGUUGGUAUGGUGGAUGUGAUAUUUGCAGAUGUGGCUCAGCCAGACCAAGCAAGAAUAGUGGCAGUCAAUGCACAUAGUUUUCUGAAAAAUGGUGGAUAUGUUGUCAUAUCUAUUAAAGCAAACUGUAUUGACUCUACUGCAGAACCAGCAGCUGUAUUUGCUGGUGAAGUUGAGAAAUUGAAACAGGAAAAGAUUAAACCCAUUGAACAGUUGACACUUGAACCUUAUGAGAGAGACCAUGCUGUGGUGGUGGGGAGAUACAGGCCUCCUCCCAAGAAAUAAAAGUUUGUUAAUUGUUGUUACUGUCAGACUGGAUUGUUAGGACCACCACAAUACCAGUGUUCUCAGCAGCCUUGAUAUUUGGCUGUAGAUUGAAACAUUGAUCAACUGGAUGUUGAUAGGUUUUUAAUUAUUUCCCUUGUAAAUAUCAUUAUCACUAUAAAUAGAUACUUUCAAAAAUAAAUAUGUCCAAAAAUUUGA